AUGUCAAAGAAAAAUAGCGUCGCUUUAUUUUGCGAAACUUAGUGCUCUGAUGAAGAAGAUGACGAAGACUAUAUUGAUAGAUUAAUCAAGAAAAAGGGUCCCGAUGCUUUAAACUCGCUUCUCAAAGACUAAGACUACUUUGAGAGUGAGGCAGAUAAGGAGGAAAUCGUGGAAUUGCGAGAUUCCUUACUGCCCCCUGCUUCAGUGACUUCUUCAUAAAUUUCUAAUUCAAAAGAUCUUGUGAAUCACACUAACAGUGACAAGGAGAUCUUAUUCAAUAAUAAAAAUCAUUAGUAUUCAGAGUAAUAACUCCCUCCUCAUCUUCAACCAUAGCUAGAUGAUUAUAAAACUCCCAAGAAUAUAAUGAUGGGUUAUCACAAAAGGAAAUAGACUGGCCAGCAAGAACUCUCAGAUAGUAACUACAGCGGAGUGAAUAUCUCCUGGAACAUCCUAAAUCACUAGAAAAGUAACAAUUUUACGCAUUCUUCCAUAAAUCUAAUAAGCUAAAAGCAUGAUUCAACGAAUAGCUUCCCUUAAGAUCAAGAUUUCGGCUAGAAUAUGCCUAAUUAAUUGCCAGACCUCGAGCAUCAAGAUACUAUAGUCAGACAGCCAUCAAGCACAUCAAAUAUUAGUCUUAACUCAGAUGCCUUCCUAAUUUCUAUUAACAAUGCCAUUCAUUAUUUCAACAAUUCAACUAUCUCCCCAAAACCCAAACCCACUCAAAAAGAAGCCCCUUUGUAAUUAAAAUAAUAAGACUCACUUUAAAAGUAACUUAUCAAUGAAAAUGAGGAGCUCAAGAAAUAAAUAGGGUAACUGCAUAACAAGCUUUUGACUCUUCAAGGUCAGAACAAAACUUAGAAAAAAGAACUUUAGAAUCAGAUAAAUAUCCAGCAAAACCAAAUACAGAUCCUAAUGUAAAACGAUAAAACCAAGGAGAUUGAGAAGUUGGAAGCCAAGAUUGAAAGAAUGAGGAAUAAACUAGACAUGUCUGCUAAAUUACUCAUACAAGAGAAAUAGGAAAAAGAACACUUGAACAUUGCUUACAAAAGAUAUAUAUCUAAGUUGGACAGUGAAAGAAGUGAUCAUGAGAAAAUGAAUAUCAUCUUAUCAGGGUAAUCUUUCUUGUCUAGCUCUAGCGGAAACGCUCCACAUAUCAGCCAAAGAAGAAGUCCCUCACCACACGUUAACCCAUUAUAAACUAACUCAUACUUGCGUUCUUCAGGAGGAAACGAUUAUGCACCAGACAUGAGUUCGCAGUUAAUAAAUGAUUUGCGAAGGGAAUUGGAAAAGAAAGAUAAAGAGAUUCAUUAUUACAAGAACCAGCACUCGACUCCAUAGCAAAUUCUCACAUCCUCUGUGCACCUUAAUUCAGAUGAAAAUGUGCUAGAUGACUUUGAAGAUGAUAUUGAUCAUCCAGGUGGAUCUAGUAACACUCAUCAUGGCUACAGGUACAGAGAAGAGGAACAGAAUAUCUAAUAUCAUCAGAGUAACAAUAUAACUGGGCCUCAUCAGUUCUACCAAAUAACGAAUAACUCUGCAUAAAAUGAUUUUACUCCAUAUAAGUUAUCAGCUUCUACAGCUGCAACCAAUCUGAGCAAUAACUUCAAGAAGACAUAUUAAAAUGAGCAAAAGCAGGCUGUGAGGAGAAACCAGAUAAAUAACAACCAGUUCUACUCUUAUGAGAAGCGUUCUCAGUCUCCCCUCAUGAAUUCUAAUCAUACCUAGAUCUCAUCACACAUUCCCACCAACUCUUCUAACUUUUCACAGAUAAACUUCGCUGAUCGUACUCACUCACCUCAGCAGUUGAGUUAGGCGUUCAAGACACAACAAAACCCUGGUCCAGGUGGAGCAUUUAAGCACAGAAAGAUAAGCACUAAUCAUCAUAGCACUUAGUAAUAGCAUCAUUAGUCCAAGUACAACCAGCUUGCCUCCUCGUCUUACUCUUCUAGUUCCCAUUCACACCAUCACAACAACCAAUAUAUCAGUAACUCUAAACCAGAUGGGAGUUUCUUGAAGCAGCAUAACAACAUGAUGCUGGCUUAAGGCAACAUCAAAAACAUCAAUGCACUCAAGAGCUCACAUCAAUCACCUCAAACCCUCGUGUAAAAAUAACUCAAAUCAGGAAAGCAAUCUCAGCUUGUCUCUCAGUCAUUGGCCUUUCAAGUGGCCUCAUCUAAUAAAUACCCAAGCAAUAUAAUAAGUGGAGACUAGAGUCUGCGCAUAGCCAGAGGAAGCAAUGACAGCUCUAUAAAUGGCAUCGUUGGGAACGUCCGCAUGGUCGACCCCUCAACUAAGAAUAAAUUCCCCAAGUCCAGAAGAAUAUAAUAAUAGCAAUCAGCAUAUAUGCUAACUAGCAGCAGUGGCGGAGGACCUCCUUCUAAAACUAUGAUUGGGUCCAGUGGCAUGAUUAAUCAUCACCCACUAAUGUCAGCACCUGCAUUCAAUGGUGAUGAACCAGGUGCCUCUGACUUUGAGGACAUGUGA